AGUAGGCUGGGAGUCAAUUCAGAUAGUCUCUUCGCUGUGUUCGAGGGGCCACAGUUGCCGCGUCUCCCCCCAUGGGAGACAGCUGCAGAGGUCACUUUCUGUAAUUGCGUUGUUGGGCCCUGCAGACCUACCUGAGACAAGCUAGCUACCUUGCCGGGGUUCCUGUCGUGGUCUGUACCACAGGGUCAUAAUAGCACCCAUUUUAAAAGGGUGUGAGGAAUAGAUGAGAAAUGUCCAUGCUGAAUGUCUAGUGGAGAGUUGACAAUACAGUAUGUUUGUAUGCUGUACAGACUAGAGAAAGUAAAGGGGAAAACGUCUAAACAUGAAGCCGUUUCUGACCAUCUGCAGGCUGCUUAGAAGUUUAAACAGAUUUUCCACAAAACCAAGCCCUCUUGCGAGUUUCUCCACUUCCCCUUGUUUGUGUGGCCAGAAGAAAAAAAACUCUUACGAAGCAAUAGACCAAAAAAAGUAUGCUCGUUUAGUACGGUCUGUGUUGUCCAGAGGCCCGGUCCAGACCCCAGAGUCAUUGUUCCAGGAAGAUAAUAUACUCUAUGGCCCUGUGAGCAAGCAUAGGGCCCCGGAGCAACAGCAGCAGGGAAGAGUCCCACAGAACUGGUUUCCUAUCUUCAAUGAGGAGAGAAAUGUGAAACCACACACAAGUGCUUCUUCAGGCCCUUUGAAGAUCCCUUUGCAAAAAAAUGUGGCACCCAGUGUGACUCGCAUCCUUCAACAGACCAUGACACCAGAACAGUGUUUCUUUUUGGAGAGGUGGAAACAACGGAUGGUUCUGGAGCUGGGAGAAGAUGGAUUUGCAGAAUAUACUAAAAGUAUCUUCUUACAAGGCCAACAGUUUCAUGAUGCCUUGGAAAGCAUACUUUCACUCCAGGAGAACUUAAAAGGGACAGAAGAGCACCUCCAAUGUGGCUAUAUCAAAAGUGUCCAGCAUAUUUUGAAAGAAAUCAGUGGUGUGCAAGCUCUGGAAAGUGCUGUCCAGCACGAGGCCUUGAAGUACGUAGGACUGCUGGACUGUGUGGCUGAAUACCAAGGCAAGCUGUGUGUGAUUGAUUGGAAGACAUCAGAAAAACCAAAGCCUUUUAUUGGAGAUACAUAUGACAACCCACUACAGGUUGUGGCGUACAUGGGUGCUGUAAACCACGAUGCCCACUACAGUUUUCAGGUUCAGUGUGGCUUAAUUGUGGUGGCCUAUAAAGAUGGGUCCCCUGCCCACCCUCAUUUCAUGGACGAAGAACUCUGUUCCAAGUAUUGGGCCAAGUGGCUUCUUCGACUAGAAGAAUAUACAGAAAAACAAAAAAAUCAGAGUGUUCCAAAGCCGGACUAGAGGCUAGGAUGUUACUUGGGAAGGUUCAUCGAACCUGAGAGAGAUGUUAACACAAACUGAAGAUGUAAUGUAUUGCUACUGAGAAGCCAAGAAGUUCAGAAGUCAGCACUGGACCAGCUAUACUACUUGUUACCUACCUGAGAACAGGGCACACAGGAUUGGCAGUCACCUUGGUGAAAUCUGAACUCUCUUGCAAAUCUUUUUUGUGUCCCUGGCAGGAUGCCCAGUCUUUGAAUUGAGAUCAGAAGGCAGUGAAACUUCAUGUGCCAAGCAUGUCCCUAGGGUUCUCAGGGAGGGGAGGGGCCAAGCACCACCCGGGAGAAUAGAAGGAGAGCACAUCAGCCAUCACCACUGUAUAGAUUCCUGAAAGGUGCUUUAGACAGUAGGGAAACUUCUUAACAUUGAAUUCAUUCAUAUGUGAGCAUUUGCUCAGAGUAACCCUGGCUGCUUGGAAAGCUGGAACACUCACACAUCAUUGGCUGGAUUCUUUUCCAUACCAACUAAGCCCCAGCAGUAGUCACCAUUGUUAGGGUUUUAGUAUCUGUUUUUGGUGUCAGUCAGCAGGCCAUCUACUAGAGAAAAAAUACUGUUAUGGGCUUUUUCAACUAAGAACACCACUGAUGUAAUCCUUUUUUUUUUUUUAAUCUGUGUUUGAUAGGUAAUCAUUGGUUGUCCUUGGAUUUGAGGAAGUUAAAUAAAUGCCAUUAUUUCUUUGGGGAAA